AUGCUGCUGCUGCUGCUGCUGCUGCUACAGUUGCUGCAGCCUGCAGCAGGUGGGCUUGUUCUUCUUGCAGCACCCCAAGACGUUGCUGCCCGCUGCAGCAACAGCAGUAGCAGCAGCAGCAGGAGUAUUGAAGGGGCUCGUUACUAUGGGCUCGCCCGAGCCGCAGCAUUCCUUCCUGCUGCUUCUCGCAGCAGCAGCAGCAGCAGCAGCAGGUACUUGCUGUCAGCAGCAGCAACUCGUAAUCGGCAGCCCUGUGCAUCUGAGCAGCAGCAGCAGCAACAGCCGCAGCAGCCAGAGCAGCAGCAGCAACAGCUGCAGCCAGAGCAGCAGCAGCGUGAGCGCCUUGCCUCGUGGGGUCGCUCUAGCUUGUUCAGCAGCAGCAGCAGCAGCGGAGCGUUGCAGCUGCUGCUAGUGCCUUCCGUUUCUUUUGCUGCUGACGGCAGGUGCAGCGGUGCGGCUGCUGUCCCAGCAGCAGCAGCAACAACAACAGCAGCAGCAGCAGCACGGUGUAUGUACACCCGAACACUUGUAGGGGUAUUUGGUCGCCUAGCAGAACAGGCAGCGCAGCAAAGCUGGGGCCUUGCUGCUUCUCAUCAUUUUGCUGUGGGGUCUGCUGCUGCUGCUGCUGCAGGUGCUCCUGCUGGCGCAGCAGCAGCAGCAGCAGCAGCGAAGACAGAGACAGCAGUAGCAACGACGGGAAGUGCUGCUGCGUGGGGCAGCAGAGACAGAAAGUGUAGGACUCCCUGGUAUGGUUUGCUGCUGCUGAAGGCAGCCCUGCUGCAGCGCCAAAGGAGACAGCAGCAGCAGCAGCAGCAGCAGCAGCUGGACUUCUCUCUGAUCCCCCAGUGGCUGCUGCACGCUGCUGCUGCUGUCUUGCGGUGCAGCACUUCUCCUGCUGCGCUGCAGCAGCAGCUGCAAGCACUGUGUGGCCUGGACUCGCCCCCAACGGAGCAGCAGCUGCAGCAGCAGCAGCAGCAGGCGCGGGAGCAGGCUGCAGCAGCAGCAAAAGACAGGCGGCUGUGGCGGCGCAGCGAGUUGCUGCUGCAGCAGCAGCUGCAACAAGUUCGGGUGUAUAGACAAGAGUGGGUGCUGCUGCUGCCGCUGCUGCCGUUCUGCUGUCCCUUUGAGGCGGUGGAGAGUCAGCUUACCUCUUCAGAAAGAAGUGCUUUCGUGUCUCUUUCUGGUGCUGCAGCAGCAGCAGCAGCUGCUGCUGCUGCUGCUGCAGCUCUCGCAGACGCAGAUGCAGCAGCUGCAGCUGCUGCAGCUGCAGCAAAACACAACCCCAGCACCAUGCAGCUAGCUGUACAGACUCUCGGAAGAUCGACUGCAUUUGCUGCUCUUGCUGCUGCUGCAGUGCAGCAGCAGCAGCAGCUGCGGCUGGGACAAGCACCAGCAGCAGCAGCGGCACCUGAUGCUGCAGCAGCUGCGGCUGAUGAAGCCACAACAGCAACAAAGCAGACAGAUAGGGUGUUCCUCCCGUGGGUUGAUGCUGCAGCGCUGCAGCAGCAGCAGGAGCAGCAACAGCAGCAGCAGCAGCAGCGACUGCUGCUGCAAGCAACGCCCCCCAUCUCCCUCCCGCUGCUGCACCUGCACCAGCACUUACGCGUCCGACAGCAGCUGCUGCUCAGCAGCAGCAGCACUAGCGCGGCCCAUGAAGCAACAUUCACAGCAGCAGCAGCAGCAGCAGCAGCAGCAGCAGCAACUGCAGCAGCAGCACCGUCGCGCUUCGGAGACUGGCAAACUGUUUGGCUGCAGCAACUCAAUGCAGCAUUUGAAAUGGAGCUCCUACUAGAGACGGCACCUGCUGCUGCUGCUGCUGCUGCUCCGGGUGCAGCAGCAGCAGCAGCAGACUGCAGCAACACCAUGUGCCCUGCCGUAGCGGCUGCAAUCAACGACUUCUUCGAUUGGCUAGCCCACCCGCAGCCGCAGCAGCAGCAGCAGCAGCAGCAACAGCAGCAGCAGGCAGAUAGCAGGUAUAUAUCUUAUCGCAGCAUUAGGGAGAAGCUGCUGCAGGCUGUUGAUGGAGAGCCUGACGAGACCCUCUUCCUAGAAGACACCAUCCGCUGUCUCUGCAGCAGCAGCAGCAGCAGCAACAGCAGCAACAGCAGCAGCAGCAGCAACAGCAGCAGCAACGCUAGCAACAGCAGCAGUAACAGGUGA